AGUCCAAUCCAAGUAAAUAACAAUAGAGCGAAUAUAAAUUUUAAUUAUAUCUGUUCAAAUGAAAGAGUAAGACAAAUAGCACGGAAAUCAACUACUCUUUCUUUUCUUCUCAAUUUCCUCACACUAUACACAACAACACGACACAAGGUUCCUUUUUCUCUUAUUCGUGGCACUGGUAGUGUGAAUGAAUUUGUUGGAGUAUUUUUCAAUUUUAAUGUUUCAAUUUUCAAUGGGAACAUGAUGAUGAUGAUGAUGAAACCAAAGUUUGAGUGUGAAAAUAAAGAUAAUGGUGAUGGUGAUGGUAAGGAAUUACUGCGUGACAUUGAAGAAUUAAGUAAAGCUCUUUACUUGGAUAAUACCUCUUUUAAGCCUUCCACCUUAUCCUCAGUCGAUAACCGAUCCAAGUCUGCUGAAAAAGCCCGUUUGUCUAAAUCUCAACUUAACUCAACCCCAAGAUUUGUAAGUGAGGAUCUGUUGCUAGGGGACAAGAAGUUGUCUUCAAAAUGGAAUUGGAAGAAGCCCUUGAAAGCUUUGAGGCAUAUUGGUUCUCAAAAGUUUGUUUGUUGCUUUAAUCUUCAUGUCCAUUCGAUUGAUGGACUUCCUUUGGAUUUCGACGGUAUUGGGUUAUGUGUGCAAUGGAAGAGGAAAAACAUCAUUUUGCAGACCUGUCCAUCAAGGGUAUUCCAAGGUGCUACGGAGUUCGAUGAAACUUUGACGCAUAGAUGUUCUGUUUAUGGUAGCAGCACGGCAUCUGGUCGUUCUGUCAAGUACGAUUCCAAGUGUUUCUUGAUCCACACUUCUGUUGUUGGGGAACCUGAACACAACAUAGGGAAACAUCACGUUGAUCUCACAAGGCUUUUACCUCUGAGUUUAGAAGAGUUAUGGGGUGAUAAAAAUUCAGGGAAAUGGAGUACAAGAUUUAGGUUGGCUGGUAAAGCUUUAGGAGCUAGCUUAAAUGUUAGUUUCAGUUAUCAAGUAAUGAAGGAUGAGUUAAUUGGAUUUGGUAGUAAUAAUGUGAAUGAUCUUAACCGUAGUAGCCGUGACAGUGUUGUCGGUUUUGGUCCUAGCAAUAGCGACAUAAAGCUUCGGCAGGCUGGUUGCUUUCCGUGUGAACUACAACAUAAUGGAUCAAUCCUUCGUUCUCAUUCUGAUGAUGUGGUGUUAUCGAAUGAAGCAAUGUUGAUUCCUGGCUCAGGCUUUUCUAAAUCAAUCACUUUCCUAUAUCAAAAGCUUGAUGAGGAGAACUUCAGUCAUUCGACAUGGGCAGACUCAGAACAUUUGGGACCACCAGAGUCGUCUCAAGGAUCAAAUCUAUACGAGUCUGAUGAAACUGAAUUUUCUUUCAGUGAAGGAGUAGAAACAUUGGAAGGUGACUCAUUGGAACUUGAUCUGACAGGCAUUCAAAAAGUUGAUUUGUCUGCAAUUGAAAUCAUUAAUGUGGACGAGAUUAUUAAAGACGAUGACAUGUUUGUUGACCAGAUCAAGAGAUGUGAUUCACUGGAUACUGUAUGUUCUAGUUGUGUGAAUGAGAAGGAAAUGGCAGAUAACAGCAAGCAUAAAUUGAGUAUGUCGUGUGUCAAUCUAUCAUGCAUGAAGAUUGAUGAUUUAGUUCCUGAGACAUCAGAGUUUCUUGACCAAGAACACUACUUGAGUGUUAAAUCAAAUUAUAAAAUGGCUAAAAAGUCACAUAGCUUGGAUGAUAUCAUCGACUCUGUCGCGAGUGAUUUCUUGAAGUCGCUGGCAUUGGAGAGUGAUUCGUUUCGCUCGAGUUGUGAUGGUGAUCCCUUGUCUCCCAGAGAGCAGCUUUUAAGACAGUUUGAAAAGGAGGUUCUAGCUUCGGGUAAAUUCACUUUUGAUUUUGAUGAAGUCGAGGAGGAAUUGAGGGAAGAUGCAAUUGGACUUAACUGCGAGGAUUGUGCUAUGGAUUCUGGUUUAUGUUUAAUUAGUGGCGCUGCUGAAGAGGGGUAUGCAAGGGAAAAUCAGUCAUUAAUAGAGAGAAGGAAGGCCAAAAUUCUCGAAGAUCUCGAGACUGAUUCAUUAAUGCAACAAUGGGGUUUAGAUGAGAGGGACUUUGAGAAUUCUCCAAAAACUUGGUCCGGUGGAUUUGGAAGCCCAAUUGAACUGUCCGAUGAAGAACCAUACAUAUUACCUCCGAUUGGGGAAGAACUUGGUUCAUUUGUUCAAACUAAAAGUGGAGGCUUUUUGAGGUCAAUGUGUCCUUCCCUCUUCAGAAAUGCUAAGAAUUGUGGUAACCUCAUCAUUCAUGCUUCUAAUCCAGUCAUUUUACCGGUGAAAAUGGGUAACGAUAUAUUGGAGAUUCUUCAACACAUGGCAUCUGAUAGAGUUGAAAAACUGUAUGAUUUUAUCUUUAAAUUAAUGCCUUUGCAAGAUAUCACCGGAAAAUCCAUUAAGCAUGUUGUGCAGAAUGCUGACACCAACAAGGAAGCUCCCGGAAGGCAGGAGUCAUGGCAGCAUGUUUUGUUUGAAGAAUUUCAAUGUAGUUAUUUAACAGAUAAAAACAAAUGCCUUGACUCCUUAUCUCUAGAAGCUAUAGCUCCUAUGACUAUUAAUAAAAUUGAAUCCCUUUUAAUAGAAGGGCUGAGAAUUCAAUCUGGCAUGUCAAAUGAGGAGGCACCAACAUUAGAAAGACACUAUGGAGAAAUCAACAAUGAUCUUGAUGGUUUGAUGGGUCUGUCGGUAAAGUUGGAUCAGUGGUUGAGGCUUGAUUCUGGCAUCAUCCAAGGAGAACAUAAUUUGGAACAAAUUUUGAAGAUUCUUAAAGCACACAAUUCUAAAAUCACAGAAUUAGAAAAUGAAGGGUUGAAAAACGCCGCAGAGAAGGCGAAAAUAGAUUGCAGAAAGCGUAGAUAUUUUGAAAAUAACAUAACAGUGGCUUAUACGAUCCAGCAUAGAGACCCUCUAAGAAACUAUGAAGCAGUUGGAGUUCCAAUGCUGGUUUUAAGUCAGGUAGAAAGAGUUGACAUAAAUGCAAUGGAGAAAGACGACAGCGAUUUUGUUGAGGACGCGGAUAUAGAUGAAGAAACUCCUCAGUCUAGAUUCAAAAUCAAGGAGAUUCAUCUUGCAGGUGUCCUUGCCAAAGGUGGAAACAGACAAGUUUGGGGCAGUGCAUCUCAGCAACAGUCUGGGUUGCGUUGGUUGCUUGCCUGCGGCUUGUGUAAUAGUACUGUCAACCAUUCUUCUUCAAAAUCAAAGGAGAUUAUUGUUAGACCGUCUUCACUGUUUACCAACAAGUUGAUGAAUCAAGAUAUCUUGUGGAGCAUUUCUUGUGUUAAUAGUAACAUGAAGAAUAAUAAUGCAUACAUUAGGAAUCCUGAUAUCAUCUUCCCAAAGUGAACAAUGUCAGAUAACUCUUCACAUGAUAUUUUAGCCAAUUUCCAAAAUUUAUCCAUGUAAAUAGUUUUAUGAGUCUGCUAGCACAGAUAUUUUAACAUGUAUUGAAUUUGAGGAACAAAGUAAAAUUAUUAUUAGUUAAUUAUUAUGUAUUACACAGAGUCUUAGUUGUGUUGUUUGCUUUGGUGUUGUCUGUGUGAUGUAUAUUGUUGAACAUAGCAUGUAGAAGGCUUAAA